AUGGCAUCUUCACAGCGCAAGAGCUCUCGCAUUAUCCUUCGUCCUGGAGGCCCGAAACAAGAGCCAGAUACCGACUACGUUCCUCAAGCCACCGUCGGUCCGUUGUCUUCAGCUCGCUCUUCUCCAUCCACAGCGCCCACUCAGACUCGGCCAACAUCUAAAAAGUCGUCUCGUGACCCAGCAUCACGCAAGGCCGAAUAUAACAGAUUAUACUAUGCAAAGAACCGUGGCAUAUUGCUUAAAAAAGCCGCUGAGCGGGCGCGCACGAUUCGCAACCCAAUCGGCACAACCAGAUCUUCAGCCAAAAAGGCCACAAUAAAGAUACCACCUUCUUCAACUUCAACUAUCCCCUCAACAACACGGUCAUUAUCCAGCGUGGCAAGCUCUGAUCUCGGAGAGCCGAGCUUCGCUUCGUUCGAUAUAGAGACAACUCCAGACGCACCAGAUAUCGCAUUACCACUCUGGGAUGAAUCUGAACUCGUUCAGGUACUUGUUCCACCAACGCCACAGAACAGCGAGAUCCGACAGCUGUUGAUCGAUGCGCAUAGGCAUAGUCUAACAACGAUGAUGCUCGACCGCCAAAAGAUGGAAAAGACGAGAAACGAUAACCCUCUUCCAGCUGUGUUUUACAAGAGACGUUAG